GAAUGUCACUCGACAGGUAGUGGUGUAUACAAAGAAAAUGUUGCAUAGGAAGAAACGAUACUAAGAGAAAACUAUACGAUAUUUACGCUUCGUUUAAAUUGAAGUCUCUCCUACUCGAAGUUUCACUUAUUUUUCAAUAGUACGAUUCAAACAACAAAUAAGACGAACUUUUAUUUCCUAAUAACAAAUAGUUUUAACUUUUAUUUCCCAAUAGCAAAAGUCGAUCUAACCCAUUGUGGUAUGGCUUUUAUUGAAGAAUAAAAAUUCGUCCGUUACAACUUUAAGAGAAAGAUCCCUUUUAUCUGUCAUUUCGUCGCAAUAUUUAAAGAUAAAAAGGACAUCUGGCCCAAUAUUUGACUACGUCCUCGACUACUUGGCGGGGCAAGCAAUGGCGGUUUGAUAAAAUUACACUUUGAAAUAGCCAAUCUCCGUUAUACUUGUUCAAACGAAUGAUUGGUCGCCUGGCGUCAUCUAACGGUGCCGUGAAAAUAUCUGCUCCUAAUUGAGUCUCGAUUUAGUUUGAGUCUCAGCUAAAUAGGGUUCAAGUCUCAACUAAAUUACCCGUUAGCUAGACAUUUAUUUUUAUUAGUUUCGAAAUUUCCGCUACGAGCCGCCACUAUCUCUAACGUCAUAUAUAUAAUUUUCUUUCAAAUUAUAAUACUUCUUCAUUUAUUUCUCUAACGUUAUUUCUAUCAAUAAUAAUCAACAAUAAAGUUUUUAUAUAUAUUAAGGAUUUGUAGAAACCAAAUUUGUAGAACCAAGGAUUUGUAGAAAGUAAAUCCUGAUAUGACUUUGGGAGUUGCGAUGAAAGCACAUCGUCCUGUGUGCGUAAUUGUAUGUUUAUACAUGAAUAUUAAUGCAUCGCUCGCGCGAAUACAACAACUGGAAGUUAAAGCAACUUGGCUAUAUUUUCCGUAUCAUCCGCAAUUUUUUAUAUUUUGACCCGCAGACGUUAUAUUUGCUUACCAGACUAGUUUUACAGUCUUCCUUCGAAUGUUCAAUACAAAGCCGAAUUUAGCAAUUAGGCCUUUAAAAAUUUAUAAUGAAUUAAAAUAUAUCGAUUCUCGUACUGCCUUUUUCAUACACUGCUCAUUCAAAUAAAUUACCUAGUUUUGAUUUUGAUAUUUUUUCCCAAAAAACGCUAUGUACUGUAAUGAAAGCAAUUAUAAAUAUUAUAAUUACAAUGUAAUUAUCAUUUCAAUUCGCUCAAAAAACGAGAAACACCUUUGCCUAUGUUGCGACUCUCCACCAGAGGUCUCUACUAUGACUCCCGCAGACUUUCAAGUAUAUACGAUCGUUUGUGUUGGUGUUCUUCAAUUAUUACCAGAUAAGUUCGACAAAUAUGAGAAUUGAUUCGUGACUGUGUGCGCUCUUAACAAUCUCAUCAAUGCGUCAGUCUUUUAUCAGCAAAUAAUAUAUUUCUGCCUGCUCUGCGGGAAACAUUGUUUUUAAUGGUUAAUAACGGCUACAAACAAAUUAGCCUGACAUUAUCAGCUCGGCGAAGAAAUCACGGAUGAAAUGCAAGGAGAAAGGUCAGAUUUUUAACGCGAAUUUAACGCGCGCGCGUAUGGAAUGUAGUGAAAAUUUCAUUUUUUCAAAUAUAUCUCAGAGUAUACUUAAAUGCGUGUGUCGGUACAAUGUUUAAGCGGAACGGUAUCUCCUUGUGUUCGGCCCAACAUCCGUGUUCAUUCGCAAAUGUGUGAUCCCGGACCGACAUUAUCUCCUUUCUCCCCUCUCCCUUUCGUUCUUUCGUGUCACGAUCACUUGUUGUUAAUGAUAACUCGCAUCUCUCGCUGACAAGCAUGACGACGGCGGCGUCGGCAGAUGCAAGAGCAAUAUCUCACUAGCGUGGUCCUUUUGCAACGGGGUCGUAAGGUCAGAUUCGGAAUAUAAUCGUCGGGCGAGCCGCAGUACGAACGCGGAUGUCGCGGCUUGCACUGCGUGCAAGCCAGCUUACAUCACCGGGCAGCGGGCUGCCGAAAAUCGCAAGAAGGGUGCGACUCACUUCCGGUUCGUGGCUCCUCGUCGAGGUACCUCGUCUAGCGAAAUACAGCUGAGGAAUACCGUGUCGUGAGGCAGGUCAUGGUCGACGUCGGUAUCUCCUCGAUGGUGAAUUUCGGCCUCAGUCUCGUGCUAACCAUACUCUUGAUCCCGCUCCUCUUUAUCGCGUAUUUAGUGGUGAAGUGGGCGAGAAAAUGUUGGAUACGCUUCGUGAAGUGGAGGUAUCCGAAUUAUGUCGUGGUGGAAGGCAACAGUAUCCGCAGCAUAUUGGAUCAAGGGCGAAAUCACGGUAUCUACACACUCCUCGUGCAAGGAUGCUCGAUCGCGGACGGAGCGAGGAAUCACCUGGCGCGUCUCACUUCCACCAGGAGAUUCCUCAGGUCGAGUCUGUUCACGCGAUGGGGUGUGUACGUGUGGAAAGAGCUCGACUACUUCUCCGUCGAUAGUCAUCUCAUAAAGUCGCCGUGCUCGUAUCGCGGUCGUCCCAUCACCGAGAGCAACAUACAGGAUUACGUAAGCGACGUCACGUCCAAGUUCCUGCCGACGAGGCUGUCGCCGUGGCAAGUGCACGUAGUGAAUUGCCUCAUACGCGGAGAGGAACGUCAAGUAUGUCUGGUGCGAGUGCAUCACUUGCUGCUGCGGCAGGAGCAUCUGACUUUGGCGGACUUUUUGCCGCUGAAGUACUCCACGGACAAUUGGACAUGCCAAGAGAGCAACUCACCCUUCACAAACUUGUACACCGCGCCCUCCGCUUUACCGCGUCUCAGGCAGAUGUUGAUUGAGAGUUUCAGCAAUUAUUGGAAUGAUUUUCUGUGCAAUAACGAUCCCACCGAGCGACCGGAGAUCUUUAAGAAGCGGAUAGGGCUGUUUCAGUGUAGCAAAAUCGCGGUGAUAGUGUUGGUCUGCAUUCUGAAGGAGAUGGCCAGACAGUGCCGAAAGUCAGAGGGCCUGAAGUUCCUGGAGCUCCUAUCGAUUAUUCGCCGCGAGUCGAGCAAGCGGAAUUUCCAUCCUCAGAUGGUCCUCGACUCCGUCACGAAAACCUUCAAUCCAAUCGACAUGUUUUACUCGCUCGUCGCGUGGUCCUGGUAUAUCACGAUCACGUCGUUACUGAAAACGCCCAUUCUACUUCUGCGAGAGCUACAAGCUUUGAACUCGCAGCGCAAGCAUUGCUAUCCGGAGACUUUGACGUAUACAUUAUGGUGUUACCUUCCUUUGACGUUCCAAGCGAUCCGGGAGGCGGUGUCGAUCACUUGGAUAGCCGUGACAGCGCCUAAAAUCGUCCUCGAGGAGUUGUUCCUAAAGCAUCCGCAGUCGAAUCAACUGCAGACCAUCUCGCCGUGCGGCAGGAAGGUGGUAGCCUGGUCGGAAGAGGUCGAUAUCGACCUCGUCCGCAAGAUCGCCAAUGUGGUUGGCACGACCGAAGCGGAGAUCCUCUUGACGGCCACCGUGGACGCCCUGAAAGAAUACUUCAGGCAUUCGACCGUUAGCAUACCAAGCGACGUGUUCACGACCGUGAAGUUCGUGAGUCAGCGUGCCAUCUUCUUGCGGAAUCACGAGGCUCGGGGUAUUCUGUGCCUCGCGUUACCCACCAAGACGCCGUUAUUCAACGAUGAUCUCAUUGAGAUACUGCAGAUCAUUCAACGGAACGUUCAAGACGCCAGGUCCAGGCAGAGCGCGAUCUACGCCAUCACGGCAGCGGAAACGUCUCACGGACUGAUCGCGUCGUGUGUGCCCUCCAUCCUCCUGAAGUUACUGCUCAACCAACUCUCCAGAAGAUAUUCCCUCUGCUUGACGCACGUGGACGGGGACUUACCUGUCGAGGGCGUGGAUACCGCAGUCUACUGGCGACCACCGCAAGGAAACUGCAAUAUGUCUAUAACUUUGCACAAGCAUGGAAACGCAGUGCGCCUCGGCAUAAUGGGAGACGCGCUGAUCGGUCCUCAUCACUUUGUCAUCGCGCGAACGUUCCCGAAAAGCGUGCAAAACCUCGCUACCAUUCUGGGCGUCUCGCGAGUUCCCAGUCGAAGUCCAAGUCCUAGUCCGCUCAGUCCGACAACGUCGCCGGGAUAUUAAUACAGCAUGUAACUCGACGUGAAGAAGAAACUUAAAGUCAUCGAUUGGACUUUGGAUUUUUCCGUGUCGACUUCUCCCUCAACGAACUUCGUUCUCUCGAGUAACAGCCGAUUAGUAAUCGAUUAUCCGCCAGCUGCUGGUUGAUAUUUAAAGUCAAUGUAUUUAUCUAAAAGAAAAUACAUGCGUGUGUGUAUGCACGCGCGCGUGUUGCGUGUGUGUGUGUGUGUGUGUGUGUGUGUGUGUGUGUGUGGUUGUAGGCUCGACGAACAGCAUCAGAUCACUUUUUAAAUAUAAUAAUCUUAUGUUCGAGGACGCGCAUGCGUCUACGCAACUUCUCCUUCUAUUUAUCCUCGGACAGCGAAAGACUCGGGUUCGACCUAGCAAAACCGCGCUCUCGAUAUUUUUCUCUCUCUGGAACGAAAAGAUACGUAAAUCUCGAACGCACGGCGUCCCGCCGCUACCUAGUACGCCCUCCUCCUUCUAUGGUGGAUCCCCCAUGGCGCAUUGUGUCCAAGUCCGGGGCCUGCCAAAAAAUUUGUGUCGACCCCGGGGCUUAUUUGUAUUAUUUGCACCGGAUAAGGAGGGGCGACGGUGGAGACGGGCAUACAUGGACAGCAGGUCUUAAAAGAUAGCAACCUUUGACUUUGAGAGACUGACAGCUGUACCAUUUGAUACAGUAACAUUGUUUCUUUCUGUAGUCGCCGUGCGCUCAGGAUCGCGCCAGAGAUUUCGCUUCCGAACGGCAUCUCUAAGCAUUAUCUAGGGAGAGAAGAGUCGUAAGCGUGGAGUGUCAGGUAGUUCAGUAGUAGUAGAGCAGUCGCUCGGCAAGCGAAAGACCCGGGUUCGAGUUCCGGUAUUUUUAGCAAAACCGAUAUUUUUAGCAAAACCGCGCUCUCAAUAUUUUUCUCUCUCUGGAACGAAAAGAUACGUGGAUCUCGAAUGCACGGCGUCCCGCCGCCACCUCUAGUACGCCCUCCUCCUUCUAUGGGUCGCCGGGCGACAAAUACCUGAACGACAUUAGAAUUUCAAAUGAGAUAUUGAUGUUGCGAGACGUAUGCUAUGUAUCUUUGUGUCGUGGUAUUUAAUGUCACAUCGCUGUGUUGUAACGUGCAAUACAUCCUUGGGAUUGUUUCGCACUUCGACCUUUGAAUGUGACUUAAACGUACGUACUUUCGCUCGAUCAAUUCGAUAUUGUUGAAUGCGUGCCGCAAAUGAGACACUGAGAUGAUUCCUGUAAACCGUUUAUUAGUUAGCUACUCAUCUAAUCUUUAGAUUAACAAUGUCAACAACAAAAGCUGUUUCGUUUAGAAAGUUGUAAAAAACCUUUUGUGCGACGGACAACACGCGGAACAAUAAACACACUUGUGCCUUUGACGCUUACCCAGACAGCACAAAUCUCCUCGGACGUCCGAAUGUCCUAAAGACAUCCACAGAACGCCCAUGGGAUAUCGUGUGCUGCUUUGGGUUAGUUGUAUAGAAAACGAAUAUCAUUACAAUUCGUCGAUAUCAUUUUUGUUAAGUUAAAAGGUGCCAGUGUAUUUAAGCGUUUUACAUUAUUCCACGUGAAAAUAAAUUUUUCCGUACAUUCUUUUCAAUUA